AUGGCCUCCCGCUUCUCCGCCGCGCGCCCCAAACGCGCCUCCGAAGCCUUCGCCCGCACCCACCACGGCUCAACCUCCGAAUCCUCCUCCAAAAAAGUCCGCUUCGACGUCCGCAACCCCUCCGCCCUCGCACCCACCGCCGACUCGGACGAAUCCGACCAAGAAGAACAAGACCAAACCCUCGCCGCCGACGUAAUCGGCUCCUCCACCCGCGCAACAAAACGCGGAGCAGUAAACAUCGACGGCUACGACUCCGACUCUGAAAACGAGCACUUUGAAGCCCGCGCCGAAGCCCGCAGCGACAAGGUCAACCUCGAAGACGCCCUCGACAAUUACAACUCCCAACCCACCACCACCUCUAAACCAGACUCGGACGAUGAAAUUGACAUGUUUGGCACCGCCGACUCAGACACUGAGUCCAAACCUUCCAACAAACCCUCCAAAAAAAAGGACAAAACUGUCAACUUUUUAGAUGUUGACCAGAUUGAAGGUCAAGAAGGGGACUCCAAAUCAGGCGGUCACAUCACCCUCAACCCUUCAGCCGAACCCACCCUCUCCGAUGACGAAGACGAUGACGAAGAAGAAAACCCCGACACCAUCGCCGCCGCCAUCGCAGAAGAGGGCCUAGACGAGGAAGUCGGCCUGGGAGGCCUAAAAAAACAUGCACCCAAGAUCGACGCCUUCAACAUGCGCGCCGAGCAGGAAGAGGGCGCUUUUGACGAGGCGGGGAAUUUCAUCAGGAAGGCUGCUGAUGCUGAUGCUGUUCAUGACCGCUGGCUGGAGGGGGUUAGUAAAAAGGAAAUGAAGGCUGCUGCUGCUGCGCAUGAGAAGAGAGAGGAGGGGUUGAGGAAGAGACAAAAGGAGGAGGAUAAGAUUACGACUGGGGAGUUGAUGACGCGGCUUAUACUAAAGCUAGAAAAGGGGGAAACUGCGCUGGAGGCGUUGGCUAGGCUUAGGAAGGGGCAGAAGAGGGAGAGGAAGGUGCCGAGGUGGAAGUUGGAGAAACAAAAGAAGAAGAAGAAUGUGGGAGGGGGAGGGGAUGAGAUGGAUGUUGAUGCUGGUAGGGAUAGAAAGGAGAAGGAUGCGGAACAGGAGGGGAUUAAAGAGGCGAUUGGGGAUAUUGCGGAUGCGGCGGACAAGUUGAUGGGGAGGGAGUACCCGGAUAUAUAUGAUUAUGAAAGGGAGAGGUUGUGCAGGAUGUAUUAUAAUGAAACGGGGGAGAGGUGGGUUGAGCCAGCAACGGAAGAGGAAGAAUUACAACCAGCAGAGAAGAUGUGGGAGUUUAGGUGGGUGGACGGACGGGAUGGGGGAGAAGGGAAUAUACAAGGGCCUUUUGACGGCAAGACUAUGGAGGCGUGGAGGGAGGCGGGGUAUUUUGGGGAGGGGGUUGAGUUUAGAGUCAAGGGGACAGAAGGGUGGAUGAGGGUGGCGGAUUUUGUUUAG